AUGCUGAAGGAGGCACAGGCUUGGAAGAGUUGGGCACAAAUUCCCGAGGAGACAAAGGAACUGGUGCAAGACAAGUUGACGUGCCUACUUAGAGGAGACCUUAGCAAACCGGUACAAAGAUUGGAAGUGUGCUUUUCACAAGCAUUUCAGCUAUGGGAUGAUCCGGAGAUUGCUCGCCUACAGGGUUGCCCAGCUGAGUUGAAGGACCGGCUGGAGGAUUGGGAGUGGCUCUGCAAAUAUUUUACGGACCCAAAAUUUGUGAAGAAAUCUGUUGCUGGCAAGAAAGCUCGGGACUCAAAGACACUUCUCCACCAUUCCGGUUCAAAGCCCUUUUCGUAUAGGCUUGAGGCACGACGUCAGGGUUCUAAGUUCCUACAGAUUGACCUGUUCAAGGAUGUUUACAUUCGACCCGGCAAAGAGAUCGCUGAGCAGCUUCUUGAAAAGAGCACUGCUAUUCUCCAAGAAGCAACAUCGCAGCUUCCGCCAGAGACCUCGAUCGAGGACGUCAUUGUACCCGAGGAUGCAGAUCUUAAGAUCGUGACUGAGGUCCUGGAUCAGAAGUUGGGUCGUUGUCAUGGCAAGGUUGUUCGGUGUAUGGGGAAGGCGGGGGUUCGUGAGACGGGUGCAUCCUCUUCCAUAUCGUCCACAUUAGAGGUCAAUUCCCUGAAGGAGGAAGUGACAACCUUAAGAGGUCAGCUUGUGGCCCAGAACGAGAGGAUGAAUAUGAUUGUUCAGGCCUUAGCGAUGUCCGGCCUCCAAAUCUCGAUGCCAGAACCUAAUCUUGCUCCACCUUCGACUUCUCAGCCACUUCGCCCAGCUGAUACCUAGUAGCAUGAUGUAUUAAACCUAAAGACCUGUAGUUUUUCUUUUUUGUUCGAACAUCUUGUAUGUACAUUUUCAUAUAUUGUAUAAUUAAAUACCUUUUCUUGGUUUA